AUGAUCGGCGACACCACCAUACCAUUCGUCCCUGCGCCAGUCUCGCCGGUGUGGUCAGCACUCAGAGUGCUCCUUCAGGCCGAAACAAGUCGAGUCGAACAAAUCACCGCUGCUUUUGGUGCCGCCGACCGCAUUCUCAGUAUUGUCAGACGGGGUCAGAUGUAUGAAUCUGUGUACAGCCUUUCUGGCGCGAACUUGAAAGAACCCUCGAGAGUGCUCCUGAGAGACUCUAUGAUUGAGCUAUACAGAUCCUCGCUGGACUUACUAGCUUCGACAUCAACUCAGCUAGAUAGACAAGAAUCCUGGGCAAUGCAGUUUCUCACGGCUCUCACUGACCCAGACCGCGCAGAAUCGUUGUUAUCAGACCUGACGGCCGCGAAGAAUGAAGUCUCGAAGAACGCAGAAGCUUGCGUCUGCAAGUCAACAGAGAGGAAUCUCGAGCUGUUGCAAAGUCUUCACAGCCCUCUGCGACGGAUCGACGAUAGGGUAGUGCAGCUUCUAGACUGUUUCAAGAAUAUGGAAAGCCGAGACAGAGAGUAUGCCAUGAACUACAUCAGUGACGUCAAGGUCGAUGAAAUUCACGUCGCCAAGAAAGAGUUGCGGACUGAGGGGACCUGCGAAUGGCUUAUACAGCGUCCGAGCUUCCUUGCGUGGGAAGAGCCAAGCUCGUCGUCAAUCCUAUGGCUCAAUGGUCAAGUGGGAGCUGGGAAGUCUUUCUUGACUUCCAAAGUGAUUGAUCGCUAUCGCCCUCGCCCUGGCGAUACCUUGAGAUCCCCAGACAACGAUGAAGGCUUUGCUCACUUUUACUGCGAUCGCUCGCUGAUUGACCGGAAAGAUAUCAAAUCCAUUCUCAGCAGCUAUGUUGUGCAGCUCUUGGCGGUGUCGCGCCACCGCGACCGAUGGCACAAGCAGCUUCUCAUGUUUUGCGAAAAUGCCGCCGCGUCUCGACGAAGUUUGGAGAUUUCUGAAUGA